CAGAGAAGCGCUGCUCCGUGAACAAGAACAGGCGGAUGUCAUUUAUUGCAUAAAUAUACUGGGAUUUACCGGAAUGACCUAGAAAGAGAUCCAAGGCAAAAUAGGAGGCUAGGUUAAGUCAAGAUGAGUUUGACAUCCUGGUUCCUCAUCAGUGGCGGGGGAACAAGGCACCGCCUUCCCCGGGAAAUGAUCUUCGUGGGACGGGACGACUGUGAGUUUAUGCUGCAGUCUCGCAGUGUAGACAAACAGCACGCUGUCAUCAAUUAUGAAGUAGCUACAGAUGAGCAUAAAGUCAAAGACCUGGGCAGUCUCAACGGGACAUUUGUGAAUGAUGUUCGUAUACUGGAGCAGCAGUAUAUUACCUUGAAAAUGGGUGACAAGCUAAGGUUUGGAUAUGAUACCAAUUUAUUUACAGUCAUACAUGGAGAGUUACAUGUUCCAGAAGAGGCUCUGAAGCAUGAAAAGUUCACCAGUCAACUUCAGCUAACAAAGAAGCCUUCCCCAUCAAGGGAAACCACCAAAAGUCUAGAAGUCAAUGGGGCAGAGGGAGGAAAGAAUGCUGGAGCCAAGCCACUAGAACUACCACCAAAGACAGAGAAGGUGGCAGGAGACAUAGCGGUGCUCCAAAGAGGAACCCCUCUGUAUGGGCAGCCAUCUUGGUGGGGUGAAGGGGACGCAGAUGAUGAAAAUUCUGUGAAGCAUAACACAAAGGCUUCUGACCAAAAACAAGUCAGGUGUGAAGCAGGCUGCAAAGACAAUACAAAGCAGCAGGUGGAGCCAGGAACCACACCACAAACUGUGGGGACCCAGGAGCCAAGCUACUCUGAGAUACCCUGUAAGGAGACUCUUCCAGUAGGGGGAAACACAGGAGAAAGCCUCCCAACUAGUACAGAGGGAGUUCCGUCAGCUUCCACAGUCCCUGCCUCAGAGGGCAGCGCACAGGGACAUGCCUCCUUCACUAUUAAGUUUGAAUCAGUGGCUUCAGGAAAGGGCAAAGAGCGGACCUCGAAUGGCGCCCAAGACCAUCGGCAACGGCCAAAGAGAGGGGCAGGGGAGGAGCUGAGUGCCUUGCAGGCUGCCAUGGUGGUAGCGGAGGUUAAAGUGGCGGACUGGCUGGCACAGAAUGAGCUGCCCCUGGCUUGCUCUGAAUCUGUAGCUGAGGAUGAUGGGGACAGCGUGAAGAGUGAUGUACCAGUUCAGCUGAAGAGCCUUAGAGGUAAAGAAAAUGAGCGAGGAGGCAGUAAGCAUGAGGACGGUACACAGAGCGACUCAGAGAAUGCACUGGGAGAUCAGCUCAGUAGCCAAAGGGCAUUCAUGCAGGAGCGUUACAGAGGAAGGCAGGGUGUGCUGAGGACAGAAGGGCCUUUCUGUGGGAGGGAUGAUCUCUUCCAGGACAAACCAUCAUCUGUAGCUAAAAAGAUGGCACCAGUAGGGGAUGAAGUUGGCAGAAAAGAGAAUCGUUCUUCCCCACAGAAAGCCAAAGUGCAAAGAGAGCAAAGCACUGGGUCUCAAGAGACUCCUAAAAGGGGACAUAUAGAUGACCAAAGUGACAGAGGGACCUAUACAAUUGAAUUGGAAAAUGAAAAUGCAGAAGAGGAAGAGGCCAGGCGUAUGAUUGAUAAGGUAUUUGGGGUGGAGGAUAAUCAAGCCCUGACAAAACUGCGUUUCCCACAUUACCAGACAGAUAGAGGAACCAUCUGUCCAAGAUCUAGAGCCAUGGAAACCAGACAAGCUGGUUAUGUUGGUGCAGAGGUGUUGCCGGAUGACUUGGUUGUAGUAGGUGGUCCAAGGUGGGUCUCACAGUGGGCUAGUCUAGCUGCAAGUCAUAUACGGACUGAUCCUGAGGGAUCUGGGGCUGAACCCACCAUGCUUUCCACAGAUGAAAAAGCUGAUAUCAAUGCGCCAGGGCACACAGAUCGAAAGAGAAGGACUCUCCCACAGCCCCCUUCUGAAGAUUCUGCUAUGGACCCAGUUGCCCAUGAGGGCCCAAGGUGCCAAUCAAGGAGAACAGCAUCUUCCUCUGAGAAGCAAGACCUAGAACUUCAGGAGAAAGUAGAUAAACUCAAUAGAAUUGCCAAAAUGGGACCAAGAUCAGCUGGAAUAACCUCAGCUAGCGCAGACUUCGUUCAGUCCAAAGCAAGCAAACAAGCUUUGACCAAAACUCACGAGGUGGGGCGUAAAGUUGGUAAACAAGGAGCUCAGUCUAGACCAAUUGGUGGUGGUGAGAAGAAACAAGGUGAUGGGAGACAAAAGAAAGGUGAGGAGGAGAGGGAGAAGACAGGGAAGCCUCUAUUGCGGCAAGAGAGCUUUACUGUAGAAAGACCAAGUGCUAAUGUUCCCCUAGAGCGCAUACCUUGCAUUGAUGGGCCUGGUGCAUCAACUCCGAUCAGAGAAAUAGAUGUUAUCAGUGAGAGAAUUGAUACUGUCUCCUGGCUGAAAGACUCAGAAGCUGUUGCUGCUUUUUUGGAAACCAAUCUAUCAGACCUUGCAGAUCCACCUAGCUACUCCCUUGAGGGUUCUCUCUCACCAGAAUCUGACAUUGAUACAACAAGCACUUUCAGCCAGGCUGGGGGAGAAGCAGGACGUAAGAUGGCCCAUUGGAAACGUUCUUCUGGAUGUCCAGGCCGUGAAACAACAAAUAAGAACACCAGCACAACAGAAAGGAAAGGAAAAGGUCAGCCUUCAGGUUCAGCCGGCUCCAGAGCUUGGACCUCUCUCGAUCUGACAGAUGAUGACUUGAGCUCCUCGCACGUCCAGGACACUACUUCUGCGAAACGACCUCAAGGCCGGUGUCAAAAUAUUACCUCUACAGCACAGCAAACAAGUGGCAAAUCCAGACGAGCAAAGACAACUAUAGCUCCUGCACCGGCCAAUUCUAAACCAUCCACCCUUCCCCGACCAAGACCAACAAGGGCUUCCAUCCUCCGCAAAGCACGACUGGGAGACACUUCUGACGCUGACCUUGCUGAUGCUGAUCAUAUGUCUGUGGCUUCAGAGGCUUCCACUGCCAGUUCUGCAUCAAGACCAUCAGCUGGGCGCAGGACCCUUUCUCGGAUUGAAGUUCUUGCCCAACCACGAAGCCAGAGAGUGUGCUCUCCUUCAGCUCGGAGUGACUCAGAGGCUACACCAGGCAGGAUCAGGGGCUUUGUCCCAAGCCCUGCGCCUGAGAGCACACUGUGGCUGGGUCUCCGAUCUACAGCAGCUACUUCCUCUAUGAUGGCCCCCAGAGCCAGAGCACACAGCACUUCCAAACUGCCUGAUAAGUGUCCUGGUGCUCCCUAUGUUCAAAAAGUGCCAGCAGCUGGUGGAAGGUGGCGUCGUGUACCAAUUGAAUAUGCUUCUACCUCUGAGGAUGAGUAUGGCUCUAACCGGCACUCCACUCAACACACUCAUCCACGGCCAAUGGCUCCAUGUGUGACCCAGCUAGGGGGUUCAGCCCCUGCAACACCCAGCCCUGGAAGCAUUUCUAUGCUGCGACACCAGUCCAGCAAAGAACAAGAACAAGACGAUUACAUGAGAGACUGGACAGCCCAUAGUGAGGAGAUCGCCAGAAUCAGUCAAGAUCUGGCUAAGGAUCUGGCCAUGCUGGCACGUGAGAUCCAUGACGUUGCUGGCGAGAUCGACUCUGUUAGUCCUUCUGCACCAUCAGCUUCAGUUGACGACCAUCUGUUUGAGGAUGUUCUGGGUAGUGCUCCAGAGAUCUGUGGCAGAAGUGUACAUUCAAGACCUCGCGGCGGUAGCAGCAGUCAAGAUCCUCGCGCCAUACGCCGUCGGACCUGGACUAGAGAUGAGGAUGUGCUGGACAGUUUGCUGCUGGCAUCAUUAUCACAGCUGUCAGCUAAAAUCAAACAAGCCAUGGAAAAGACAGCCAACAAAAUCAGGAUUUUAUUCAAAGAUAAGGACCAAAAGUGGGAGGAGAUUGAGCGAAAACUACAGGCAGAGAAUGAGGUGCCUCUCCUUAAAUCCUCUAAUCAGGAGAUCUCAUCCAUACUCCAAAACCUGAAAAGAGUGGAACGACACUUGCUAGUGAUUGAUAUCAUGGUGGACCCUGAUGGCACGUUGGAUGCUCUGAGCAGUUUGAGUUGGACCAGUCCUCUUAUAGCUGAGAACAGAAUUAGUCCUGGAUCACAAGGUCCAGCUGGCAACCAGGCUGCGGAAGGAUCAGCCAGUACCACUACACUGCCCUCUGCCUAUUCAGAGGUUGCAGAACGAGAUGUUGGCCUGCAAGAGAGGUGCAAAGAGCAGAACACUUCCAAUCAAAACUGAAUCACUGCAAAUGGUUUACACAGAUAUCCUACAGUGGUUUUAAAGGCCAGGUCAACAGGGACUUUUAUGUGAAUAAUGUGAGGUAUGCUGAAAAUAUUCUAAUAUGGCGAUGCAAUUAAAUGUUUGCUUCAUAAAUUCUAGAUAUCAAUGGACAUAUUUUCAAUAAUUAAAGACAAUUUUUUGAAAUAUCCAUCAGCUCUUAUACCAUGUUGUCAAAAUGAUUGUACACAAGCAUUAAUUAUUCUGAAGAUCCCAGAUCUACAGUUGCCCAGGAAGUAGUUGAGCACAAGACUGUUGAACAUGAAGCCAGAUGUGAAAGAGAUAAAUGAUAGUUUAUUGAAGAGAUCAUACUUUAAAGUGUUGAGUAAAAUUCCUGGCCACAAGUUUUCUUUGCAUGUAGGGCCCAAAAUUUUGAGUUGUGAAGUGCCAAAUGUGAGAAAAAACAUGGUUUCAGCAUGCAAUUAGUUACUCAUUGGCCGGUAAUUGUAUUAGGACCUGCAUCAUAAUAUAUCAAAUGGUUUAGAUUAAACCAUCUAGUACAGAAAACAUCUGUUGCCACUCUUCUAACAACUUUUACCUCAGUCAAAAUUAGCCAUUUAUAUAUGUUUUUUUCCUCAAGAAUUCCUUGUGGCGACACAUACGUGCAAUAUUUUUUGCAUUAAAGGUGCUGUAAGUGAUUCUAGCCGUUCUGGAACUUCCACCAGACCAGCUUUUGAUUUAGCCACGCCCCCUCUUUCCAAAGACAUGCGUGCACACACAGACACCAUUGUGUUGGAACAGAUGGAGUGCGAUGGGUCGCCUUGAGCUUUUUGUCAUCUGACCCUGAGCGUUUUGCGGGAGCAGGACACCAUACUGGUACUUAUCCGAGCAUUUUUAGGCUGCCCUGUGAAUGUGCACAAUGAUUGACAGGCAGAAAUUCUUCUGAUUGGCUAAAAAAAUUAUGUACCCCACUGUUUACCAAGCCAAGGGCUGUCACAGAGACAGGUGUGAAAUUUUAUGGCAAGAAAUGUAAGUGAUUUCUGACAGGUAAUUGGGAUGUCUGCUGCAUGUCAUUCCAUUAAAUAUUAUCACUUUUAGCCACCAAAACAGAAAUAUGAAUAAAAUCGACAAUCUGUCACAUAUUUGUGACAGGUAGCAUUUCACUGAGAGACAGAGACAUGCUAUUCUCUUAUAUGAUGCUGCCAAUUAAUCAAUGACAAAUAUGCAAUUAAAAAGAGCCAAAUAAUCCCACUGCCAUUGAGACAAAUUUUUAUUUGAACUACAAUUAUGCAGUUUCAUGGCUGGAACUGAAGAAAAACAUUUGACUGCUAAAUAAGAAAUAUUUAUGGCUGAUAAAUUUCCUCAAUUUCUUUUUCCUCAAAAAAAAGUUAAUUUUGGGCCGUUUCCAUGUCGUUUGAACCACAAUUCAUCAUAUAGCACAUUUUAGGGCCAUUUUAGGGUUUCCUUAAAGCCUUUCUCUCUCAAAUGUUUAAUGCUUCGACUAUGUAACCAAGUCUUUUUUACAUUGGUGUUGUCUGAAAACAGAAAAGGAUUAUCUAAAACAAAAUUGCAUUUGAUUUGCAGCAGUGAAUUUGUAAUUCAUGAGAAUGCUGAAAAUUCAGGACAAGGCUAAACUGAAUAACACCGGCCUUCAUGUAUUCCAAUGGCAGUCUUACAUGGAAACAGCCCAGUCUAAUCUGUAAAGUGUAAAAAUCCACUAUUGUGAUGAAUUGGACUAAUCUUACAAUUUGAAUCCUUGCAUACAUUUUGUAGAUUUAAUUAUUAAACAUUCCUUUUUUUAUCAUAAAGCAUAACCUUUGCAUUACCUAAAAUUAUAAUGUUGCUUCUUACCUGUAGUUCCAAUGCAGUUGCAAUGCCACAACAAUACCCUUCCAUGUAAUGUUUCUGUAUGAAUAUAAUCAUUUAUACAAAUGGUCGUGUGCCAUGUCAUUUACAUGGAUUUACCCAGAUGUUUCAUAAAUCAAGCUUGUUAUGUCACAAAGUGCCCAUUAUCAAGAUCAUUAUGAGAUGUUGUUGAGAAACAUGUUAUUUUGCACAUUCCAAUGUUUCAACUGUUCUGAAGAGUGUAGUGAACUGGGCACAUUUUUGACUGUUUGAAAAGAGCUAUUUUAUGGGAAAUGUCUUCACGGGGCAUCUGGUUAGGUAGCUAACAUGGUAAAUAUCCCCUUAGAAUCCAUCUGCCUCAGUGGUGUUUACACAUGAAUGAAAAAUUAAUACUGAUUUAUUAAAUAACUUUCAUAUCCCUGGAUGCAUGAUGUCAUAAUUGAUUUUCACUGAUGAUAUUCAUUAUAUUAAUAUAAUAAAUGGCCUACCUACAUAAUUAUAUAUUUAUAUCUAUAUUUAAGUGUGGCACUCAGUUUUACCAACAGUAACUCUCACACCUCACCUCAAUGAAACGUAAUCAUAUAGAGAUCACUUUUCAUGAACCAAUCAAUUCCUGAUGGAUAAAAUUAAUUCUAAUCCUUUUUUUUUCUUGGUGAAUAUUUUUUUUUCACUCUUAAAAUACAUCUCAUUAAGGAGGUAAAAUGGGGUUGUGAACACCAUGUUGACUUCAAUUAAACUUUUAUCUAUUUAUGCGCAGACUGUCUAUAUGCAAAGUUAAUAACAAAUAACUUUUAAAGGAGGCAAGUGACAGCACAUAAAGCCGCUUGCCCUCUUUAUCCUUUCUUUACCCUUUGAACACAUACACACUUAAACCUACACGUUCACUCCACAUAUGCGAAAAGACUGAUUUGCACGUCCUGCUUUAUGUAGACUAUAAAAAUGAAUUAAGUUUAGAAUCCCAGGAGGCUUUAGUUCCUGUAAUCUAGUACUGAUAUAUGGCCCUGUUUCAUCUUCUCUCUUUUGUUCUACACUAGCCCUGCUGGAAAGUUUGUGAACAAAGUCAGGCUGCUUGAAAAUUAGUUUCAUUUUUUGGGAUGUUAAAAUACUUUUUGGAUCCCAGCUUUGGCAAAUAAGUAAGCCAUUCAUAAGUUGAUUUCCCCGAAAAGUGCAAACACUGUAGCCCUGUGCCUGUAUCAAUAGUACCAAAAAAUCAUUAGCUGGUUCAAGCUGGUCAUAGACUGGUCCAAGUCAUCAAAACUUUGCUUUGUUUGUUGAGCAUCCCAAUUAGCCCUGUACUGUAUCUGUCAGACCAGGGGGAGUUUUGGGGAAAACUCUUUGAAAAACAGUCAUUAUUUUGCUCUUCUGUUUGGUGACACUAGCGCUUCAUGAGAAAUCACAGCUCUCUUUAAAACACCUUUAUUGCAAGACUUGGUCAUAGAGCUUAAUAAUUAUACAAAAAGAGAAAAUCCUUGUUUAAGUUGGUCAGAGCAGGUCAUUGGUUGUUUAGAGCUGGUCCAAGCUGGCCAUUAGCUGGUUCAAGCUGGUUAUUGGCUGGUCCAACCUGGUCAUAGACUGGUCCAAGCAGGUUAUUAGCUGGUUCAAGCUAGUUAUUAUUAGCUGGACCAAGCUGGUCAAAGUAUAGUCCAAGCUGGUUAUUAUAGGCUGGUCCAAGCUGGUCAUAUGCUGGUCCAAGCUGGUUAUUAUUAGCUGGUCCAAGCUGGUCAUUAGCUGCUUCAAGUUGACCAUAGCUUGUCCCUGCUGAUUAUUAGCUGGUCCAAGCAAGUCAAUAGCUGGUUCAAACUGUUUUUUUGGUCCAAGCUGGUCAUAAGGUGAUUUAAGCUGGUCAUAGACUGAUUCAAGCCUGUCAUUGUCUGGUUCAAGCUAGUCAUUAGCUGGCUUGAGCUAGUUAUAGGCUUGUUCAAGCUGGCUAUUUGCCGGUACAAGCUGAUCAUUAGCUGGUCCAAGCUGGUUGAAGCUGAUCAUAGGCUGGUUCAAGCUGUUCAUAGACUGGUCCAAACUGGUCAUUAGCUGGUUCAAGUUGGUCAUAGGCUGGUCUGAGCUGGCAAUUAGCUGGUUGAAAUUGGUAAUUGGCUGGUUGAAAUUGGUAAUUGGCUGGUCCAAGCUUGUCAUUGGCUGGUUCAAACUAGGGAUGUGCACGACUAGUCAAAUAUUCUAAUAUUCGUUCUGCUCUAAUUAUUCAAAUAGUAAAAAUACUAUUUGAAUUUUGCUAAGUUUUGCUUUGCUGGCCAUAUAUACAAUGAGAGGCAUGUAGAAUCCUGAACACACAAAUUAAAACUGGCAGUUAUAACAGAAUGCACUGGGUUAGCGCUGUUGAGUAUGAACACAAGUUGAUCACAUCUGUUGAGCAAACAGUUGUAGUGGAUAAGCGGUGUACACUUCACUUUUGUAUAUGUGCAGCUCGUCAGAAAGCAGCAUCCUCGUUGCAAUGUAAUCCCUGUAAACAACAAACAUGGCAUCCAAAAAAGACUAUGCUAGCUGAGGUAAGGGACAUUCCAUCAUUUAAACUGGUGUGUAUAAAUUAGUAUAAUUUACUGAGCGUGUGUAUAUGCUUGUGUUCCUCAACAAAAACAUGACAUUAGAUUCAACAUAAACAUGAUAACUUUUAUAUGGCGAGUGUUUAUAGUCUUCCUGUAUGCAUAGGCGGAAAUA